AGUGUGAUCGCCGGCGUUGAGGAUGUGUUAGUGGCGGUGAUAACAACUCCCCGGGGACGAUGGCGCCGCGUGCUGCCCUCCGCUAGUGGCACCGCUGGCCCUCACUCACGCCGCCACCAUCAUGUAUUCCGCCCGCAGGUGCUACUAAUUGCUAGGUGCGACUCGGCUCCGACACACCUGGAAAGUGUUGCGUUCCCGCCGGACCAGCAUCGUGUGCCGACGGCGGCAGGUCCCCAGCAGGUGGCGGCCGCCCAUGGCUGCUGCCCGGCCCCGGGGCUGAGCUGCUCCCGGUGGCCUCCAGGUGCUGCUGACGAGACGGUAAUUACCGCAGUGAGUGUAAUUAGCGGGUGAACCGCAACGGCGUCAUGUGCGAGCCGAUGGCCAGCAUGGAGCCCUCGCAGCCCACCGACGACGACAUCUCCGUCGGGAGCAACUCCCCGAUGGUGACUCCGCGCCACGACACCGACGACUCCAUGAUCGACGUGGACGACAGCGGCGACGGCGGCGCGGGGGACAAGGGGGCGGCGGGGCCCAAGGUGGAGCCGCCGGACCCCGCCAUGAGCCCCGGUCCGCCCCGCACCCCGCCCGCCGCCCACCAGGCCAACAAUGCCCCGCUGCACCGCGCCCUCAAGUUCUCCAUCGAUAACAUCCUCAAGCCGGACUUCGGGCGGCGGCUCGGCGACAACCUGGAGACGAGCGAGCAACCAGUGGACUUGUCGCGGGUGACGGCCAGGGAUCCCAAGGACCCCGUCAGGAACCCUGGGGCGCCGCCCGCCCCGACAGGCAUGGUGGUAAAGGAGCGCGAAAGCACCGUGGGUGGAACCCUGUGGCCCGCCUGGGUGUACUGCACCCGCUACUCCGACAGACCUUCCGCAGGUCCCAGGACGCGGAGGAUCAAGAAGCGAGAUAAGAAGGAUGAGAAGCGGCCUCGCACAGCCUUCACGUCGGACCAACUGGCGAGACUCAAGAAGGAAUUCCAGGAAAACAGGUACCUGACGGAGAAGCGGCGGCAGGACCUCGCGCGGGACUUGGGUUUGAACGAGUCACAGAUCAAGAUUUGGUUCCAGAACAAAAGGGCGAAGAUAAAAAAGGCCAAGGGGCAGACAAACCCUUUGGCACUACAGCUUAUGGCUCAGGGUCUCUACAACCACUCCACCAUCCCCAUACGCGAGGAGGACGAGGACAAGCUACUGCCGCCUGUAUGAUGCUCGCCCUCGCUCUCGCCGGCGGCUUCCCACACCCCGGCCGCCGCUCCUAAGGCCCCGUAUCUCAACCUCCACCACUACCAAGCUCUGACCUCCGCUGCUCCAGCCGCUGCCUCAGUCGUCGCCGCAGCAGCCGCAGCUCCCACUGACCCAGCGCUACUGUUGCUCUCCUAAUGACAGAUUGCUACUUCUACUUUCAUCAACAACACUAGUAACACCAACACUACUAUCGCCGCCACACCACCAACCAAACAAACACCGCAAACAUGGACAUUAAUACCACUAUCAGCAACACCACCACCAGUACACAACCACUGCAAUGCAACACUGGUGGCGAUUACAGAGGAGGGUUCUCGACCGCUCCUCGUCGCCAGCACCGCGCCACCUGCUGCCAACCACACCUGUCAUUACCAAGAGGUUCUACAAGCGUGGGAUUCAUGUUCCUUCCCUACACGUGCAAAGAGACACUUGCCAAGAAUCCCAGAAUAUCAGAAUAUCAAUGAAAUUCCAGGUGUAUAAGUGCGAGUGAAAGGUGUUGCUCUAUCUAACUUAUCCAAGAUACCAGGUAAAGAAAACGCCAGCACACAAGAGUGGCAACACGCAAGGACACAACACACUGGGAAAGAAAUCUAAAUCAAACGAAAUCCAACAAUUUUAAGAUUCCCCGCGCGCUGCUCAGUAUUAAGUACACACCACAAGAGACUCCAGAAGUGAUGAGCGAUCAAGUAGACGCAUAAAAUUAGACCGAUUUCUCUAAUCUCGAACACUUCCACUCGUUACUGACAGGCGUACAUGCUCUCUUCGUCUCGUACUUCAACAUGUCAGGGGAGAAGCGACUCAUCCCGCAGACUAACAAAGGGUAAUAGUGAACCAGAGUUAGCGGAGACGAGGAGAAACAAGGGCCCUCUUGUGAUGGCCAAAACAAACAUACAUGACAGACAAACAGACGAGCAGACAGGCCCGCCCUUGUUAUCAGUGAUGGAAGAGCAAGUGCAAGAAGAGGAGGAGGAGAGUAGGAGUAGGAGGAGGAGUACGAGUUGGAGGGAGGGAGGAGGAAGAGUAGGGGUAGAUGGAAGCAAGGAUGCGAGAAUCUACAGGAUACGGGGGCACUUAUCCUAUUUUUGAGCAUCCUUUAUGAAUUUAAGGAUCCUGAGGGCACACACACACACACACACACACACACACACACACACACACACACACACACACACACACACACACACACACACACACACACACACGAGGAAGUGGACCUCACGUGAUUGAAAAAGUGUCAAAACAAAGCCUGGUGACGUCACAAUUCUUACCAAGGUGAUCUGAGAGUCAAGGUGUGAUGCGAGGGAAGCGUCUUGUCUCUUCUUCAGUGUAGAGUCUCCAUAUGAACGAAUACCAUUAAGGGAUGUUUAUAGUGUAGUGUAAACUCUUUAUUUUUCAUUCGUGAGCCGAGAAAAGUUUGGACGGUGUUGAGAAGUGAAGUGAAAUCGUACGGUGGUGAGAUAGAGAGAGAUGGUGAAGAGGAGGAUACUUUGUGUGAAAAUGUGGUGAAAAUAACAAAACUUUCUCUCGUCGUCUCUCUCAGUGGACUCAAGAAGCCGUCAAACGUUCCAGCUGUUUUGCUAAGAACGUUUUGUGUUAAUUUCCUCCUCCUAUCCAGGUGUUUGGCGACAGACCUCCGACGCAAACUAACGAAAAUCAGCGAGGCGUUUUCCUACGAAUGCUAAACGUUUAAUGUGUAACACCUCAGUUUUUUUAUUAUUAUAUGUAAGAUGAUAUUUAGCCAUGACUCAGAAACGUUUUUUUCCUCUCUGUACAAAAAACGUUUCGUGUGACAACGUUGCAGGAGGAGGAGUCUGUACAGUGUCAGGUUAUGUAGACUAAUUUAUGAUGUAUUUAUGUCUGAGAAACCCAACUUUCCUCUCAUCCCCUCCCUAUCCCCCAUCCUCCAUUCCCCUACUUGGGCCCUCUUCCCUCCUCUAAAACGGGUCCCUUUCCUUCCCAUCCUUUCCUCAAUUCAUCAUCCUUCAAAGCUCCUUCUGUCAUGUUCCUUCAUUCCCUAAGUCUCACAUCAAUGCUUUCUCUUCAUUCUCAUGCCUUCCUUCAUUUCCUUAAUCCAUCAUUCCUCAAGUAAGUUCCUUCAGUCAUUUUCUUUCCUAUCUUCCGUUCCUUCGCUCCCAAAUCUCACAUCACAACUUCAUCUCCAUGCUUCCAAUCACUUCCCCAAUAAACCGUUGGAGGAAGUUCUUUCAUGUUUUUUUUCCUCAGUAUCUUACCAAUUCACCAAUACAAUUUCCUUCUCCCCUCCGCUCUCUUUUUUCCUCACAAUACACCUCAGUCUGUCUAAGUCUCAUGUCUCUCAUAAGUUCCCAGUAUCUAUAAGUGACUCCCUCAUCGUCCUCGCCGCAGCUUCCCCAUCCUCCUCACAUCUCAGGUGUUCCCCUCAUUAACACCCCGAUGCCCACUACCCCCCCACCGGCCCACCAAACUAAAACAUUGUAAAUAAAAUUGUAUAUCAACA